UAACCUUUCUGGACACAGAACACCGAGAUACAGUAGCCUACUGGGCUGUAUGAACUUGAGGAAACUGUGUGGAGCCAUUGCCGUUUCUCAGGACCCAUAAAGAGGGCUCAACAUUAAGACUCAAUUCUGCUGGGUUAAUUAAACCCAAAACCACCAUGAACACCUCUGUAAUCAACUCCAGCCUACCACUCAACCACCCCUCUGCAGAUUCCGACCUCCCGCUCUGGUACCAGUAUGACGAGUGCAAAGAGAAGCCCGGUGGGUUUGUGUUCUACUACCUAGUCAAGGUGAUUAACAUGGCAGUGGGCUUUCCUGCCAACAUCAUGGUGAUGUGGCAGGUGGCCACGAAGAAGAGCGACUCGUCCACCUCCGACAUCUUCAUCUUCAACCUGGCCAUUGUCGAUGCCUACUUCUGCCUGAUGACCCCCAUCGAGCUGCUGAACCGCCUACUGCUCAAUGACAAGUUGACAUGGUACUUCCAGCGCUUCGCCUACGGGAUCAAGGACACCACCCCGCUCUUCCUCACCUGCAUUUGCCUGGACCGCUACAUAGCUGUGGUCCACCCCAUCGUGUUCACCGGCAUCAGGGACAACAAGAUCAGAGUGGCUUUAUCCAUGCUGGUGUGGGGGCUCAUGCUGGCCUAUGCCCUCAACAAGUCCAUUGCGGGGGUGAACAGCGCGGUCAAUGUCUUCACCGGGCUGAUCCUGGCCUCUUUCACUAUCAUGGUCUUCUGCAACCUCUCUAUCAUCUGGAUUCUGAGGAAGUCGGUCAUGGGCAAAGAGAAGAUGCACCCCAUGAAGAAGAAAGCCUUCAGAACAGUGGUCAUCACCCUGGCCAUCAUCGUCUUUAACUACCUGCCCCCAGUGGCUCUUUUUCCCUUCACAGCCUACUACAGUUUUGUAGAAUUUCAGUGUCUGAUCAGCGUUGUUGUUUUCUCAAUCAUGGACCUCAGCUCCAGUAUCGGACCCCUGCUCUACAUGUCCAAGAUGGAGCGGCCCCAGUGCCUCGCCAACUUCCCCUGCAGCUGCUGCCAACGCGCUUCCGAAGAACCGCAUGACGUAAGCACAUGAGCACAUCUGAAUGGAGCCUUCCACUUAUUAACAGUGAGUCAGUCCAUAAACCAAAAAGAAGAAUAUUUGAAUGAUGGGCAAAUGGCUUGGAUACCUUUGAAAGAACAUAUGUUUUAUAUUAUAGAUAAAAUAACCCAUCAUUUUUUUCACAAGACCAGUCCCUAUCUAGAAAUACCAGGUUUAUGCCUGGAUAUGAUAUGUUACUAGUUGGUAGGCUCUAUUUUGGGAGGAAAAAAAAACAUUUUACUAAAAAUGUAGCUUGCUGAAAAAAUGAAUUCACUUGAGUAUAUCUCCAAAACCAGAAGUGUCAGCUCAGGCAUAUCAUCUUACAGUGCAAGAAUAGUUUGUAGUAACCACAUCAUAGAGCAAUGUCAGUAGAGCAUACCAUUGCUUUAUGAUGCAUAAUAAUGGUACCUGGCAAAAAUAAUCUCAGAGAACUGAAAUGGUUAAAUAAAACGUUUUUCUUUUCUUUUGAUUGAAGCUUAAACUAUUUCUAAAUACUAGACCCCAUCACCAACCUAAGACCCCAAGGUUGAGGAUUAAAAUAUCAUUUACUAGCCUCA